AUGGAGCUCACCCUCGGCGCCACCGGCAGAGCUGCGACUCCAUCGGACUUCUCAAUUGCGGCCAGGUCCCUCAACUAUGACGCGUCCACCAACCGCUCGACAAAAUGUCUAGGAGGUGCUAUCGAUGUUGUGGCACUUGCUGCGGCGUCUGCUGCCCAGGUCGACCUUGACUCGCUCCUCUCCACCUCCCAAAUGACAGCACUGCGGUCGAUGGACACUCAACGUGCGCUGAACUUCCGAGACUGCAUGAAGCGCCCUCAUCGCAUCGACCUCCUUGUCUCGCUCCGGAAGCUGGGCAUCAGCUACAACUCCAUCGUCGCGCUCCCGGACUCCGUGGACUGCCUCACCAAGCUGCAGCAGCUCGUCCUCGCGGGCAACGGGCUCAACGACACCAGCCCCGCGCAGCUCGCCGCGCUCAGCGACAUCAAGGCGCUCAUCCUCUCCGCGAGCUGCCUCCAACCUGGCCCUCAAGGUGUUCGACACUUGGUGGCAACCGUUUCGAGUGCCCCCCCGAGCAGGUGCAGUUCGCGCAUGAGUGCGCCGCCGACACCGGAUGUGCACGAGCUCGACCUAGACGUGCUCGUCUCCGUCGACACUGCCGCCCAUAUGGAGCACUGCGCCCUCAAGCUCCAUGCCUUCUGUGGUGGUGCUCCAUGCUCGCGCUGCUGGCCGAGGCGCGCGCUGUCCGUGUGGAUUGCGACAAUAGCUCUUGCAAGCACAUCUUCGUCUGUUCCAACAAGUGCUCACAAGUUGUUCAACGGACCGCUCAACAGGUAUAUCACCAUGCUUUUCCCUACUCCUUUGUUGAAUGUUCUGUUGUUGGAUUGCACUGCCACUAUGCAUGGGGAACAUCAGAGAUCUCAGAAGAUGGCUGAAUCGAGUACAGUGAUGUUGUGGCCACCUCUGAUCCAUCAACAUGGCAUAUUCACUUAUGGUUUGGGAAAUGAUGUGAAACUGAGGUCACCUUUGCUUCCACCUCGAUCAUUAUCUCUGCAGUUUGAGAUCCAGAGUACUGGAGUUCAACUCAGACCAACCCCUUGGCUAUCUUUUUAUAGUUAUGCAGCUCUAGUGCAAUGGAUAAAAUCUCUGGUUGCAGCUGAUGACAUACUGCCAAAGCCUUCUUGGGUGUCAUUUGCUACAGGCACCUUGUUCACAGUUGGUUACAACUGCAGUAACCCAUGUGAUUCAUUACAGUAUGCAUGGCAACUACUACUUGAUGGGGGAAUAUAUACCAAAGCUGCUGAUGUUGGUGCUGAUCUAGUUGGAAAAGUCGAAAGGAAUAUCCCUGAAGAUGAUCUGAGAAAACCAGCUGUCAUUGCAGACAAUGUUGGUGACAAUGUUGGAGAUAUUGCCAGAAUGGGGUAUGGUGCUGCUGUGGCUGCUCUGGGAAUGCUCAGCACUAUUGCUACUGUCAGUGACAAUACUGGAGGAAUUGCUGAAAUGGCUGGCAUGAGCCACAAAAUUUGUGGGAGAACUGAUGCUCUUGAUGCUGCUGGAAACACUCCUGCUACCAUUGGGAAGGGUUUUGCAAUUGGUUCAGCAGCCUUGUUGUCUCUUGCCCUCUUUGGUGCUUUUGUCAGCUGUGUUGCGAUCUCGACUGUUGAUGUCCUGACACCUAAAGUUUUCAUUGGACUGAUUGUUGGUGCCAUGCUUCCAUACUGGUUCUCAGUGAUGACAAUGAAGAGUGUUGGCAGUGCAGCACUCAAGAUGGUUGAGGAAGUUUACAGACAGUUGAACACUAUACCUGGGCUCAUGGAAGGUACUACCAAACCUGACUAUGCGACGUGUGUCAAGGUCUCUACUGAUGCAUCUGUCAAGGAGAUGAUUUCCCUUGGUGGCCAUGACUGA